GGACAUGAUCUGGUGACAAUCUCAAGUGAAUCAGUGGUUGAACCAGGACCAGAUCCCAGUGCCCUAUCUUCUGGGGACAUCCUGGGCCUGAAUCUUUAAUUCAUGUCCCUUCUGCAGUGCCUUUCCUCUGAGGCCCUCAAAGGGAAACUGAGGCCUUUGAGGACAUUUGAGGACAUGAAGACUCGCAUUAGGCCAACGAACCUUGGAACUCCAGAUCGAAGAGGAGAAGAAAGACCUGACUCUGUGUGUAUGUGUGUGUGCAUAUGUGUGUGUGUGUGUGUGUGUGUGGCAGAGGGGGGUGUGGUCAUGGGGUAUUGCCAUGAACACACAAGGGGCAAGAAGCGUCUGAAAUCAGAGCUAACUUGGGAGGCACAGAACACAGGGUGCCUGGAAGGGAAACAGAUGUAUUGUGGGGCACAGGGCAGGCUGGGAGGGGAACAAAGGUCCACUCCAUGGGUAACCAGACCCUUCCGCCAGGGCUGGCCACUUCUGCCUUUGGAAAAUGUUUCACAACGCCCCAUGUUAUGUGUAUGUGUGAAUUGGCCGAUGCGAAACGAAUGUUGAUGUAAGAGGUAGGGCGCUCAGCUACGGAUGGGUAACAGGGCGUGGGCUCGCACACUCACUUGCACCAGUGCCCAGAGACGGGGUGCAAGCUGAGGAGCUGCCCAGAGCACUGCUCGCACUCCCAGAGUACCUGAAUUCGGCAUUCCAAUGACAGGUGACAAGGGUCCCCAAAGGCUGAGCAGGUCCAGCUAUGGCUCCAUCUCCAGCCCGACCAGCCCAGGGCCACAGCAAGCACCUCCCAGAGAGACCUACCUGAGGCACCUUCAGCCUGCGGAAGCUAUGGGCCUUCACGGGGCCUGGUUUCCUCAUGAGCAUUGCUUUCCUGGACCCAGGAAACAUCGAGUCAGAUCUUCAGGCUGGCGCCGUGGCGGGAUUCAAACUUCUCUGGGUGCUGCUCUGGGCCACGUUGUUGGGCUUGCUCUGCCAGCGACUGGCUGCACGUCUGGGCGUGGUGACAGGCAAGGACUUGGGUGAAGUCUGCCAUCUCUACUACCCUAAGGUGCCCCGCACACUCCUCUGGCUGACCAUCGAACUAGCCAUUGUGGGCUCUGACAUGCAGGAAGUCAUCGGCACGGCCAUUGCAUUCAAUCUGCUCUCAGCUGGACGAAUCCCACUCUGGGGUGGCGUCCUCAUCACCAUCGUGGACACCUUCUUCUUCCUCUUCCUCGAUAACUAUGGGUUGCGGAAGCUGGAAGCUUUUUUUGGACUCCUUAUAACCAUUAUGGCCUUGACCUUUGGCUAUGAGUAUGUGGUGGCGCGUCCUGACCAGGGAGCGCUUCUUCGGGGCCUGCUCCUGCCCUCGUGCCCGGGCUGCGGCCACCCCGAGCUGCUGCAGGCGGUGGGCAUUGUUGGCGCCAUCAUCAUGCCCCACAACAUCUACCUGCACUCGGCCCUGGUCAAGUCUCGAGAGAUAGACCGAACCCGCCGAGUGGACAUCAGAGAAGCCAACAUGUACUUCCUGAUUGAGGCCACCAUCGCCCUGUCCGUCUCCUUUAUCAUCAACCUCUUUGUCAUGGCUGUCUUUGGGCAGGCCUUCUACCAGCAAACCAACCAGGCUGCGUUCAACAUCUGUGCCAACAGCAGCCUCCACGACUACGCCAAGAUCUUCCCCAUGAACAACGCCACCGUGGCCGUGGACAUUUACCAGGGGGGCGUGAUUCUGGGCUGCCUGUUCGGCCCCGCGGCCCUCUACAUCUGGGCCAUAGGUCUCCUGGCGGCCGGGCAGAGCUCCACCAUGACGGGCACCUACGCGGGACAGUUCGUGAUGGAGGGAUUCCUCAGGCUGCGGUGGUCACGCUUCGCCCGAGUCCUCCUCACCCGCUCCUGCGCCAUCCUGCCCACCGUGCUUGUGGCUGUCUUCCGGGACCUGAGGGACUUGUCCGGCCUCAAUGAUCUGCUCAACGUGCUGCAGAGCCUGCUGCUCCCAUUCGCCGUGCUGCCCAUCCUCACGUUCACCAGCAUGCCCGCCCUCAUGCAGGAGUUUGCCAAUGGCCCGCUGAGCAAGGUCGUCACCUCCUCCAUCAUGGUGCUAGUCUGCGCCAUCAACCUCUACUUCGUGGUCAGCUACCUGCCCAGCCUGCCCCACCCUGCCUACUUCGGCCUUGCAGCCCUGCUGGCCGCAGCCUACCUGGGUCUCAGCACCUACCUGGUCUGGACCUGUUGCCUUGCCCACGGAGCCACCUUUCUGGCCCACAGCUCCCACCACCACUUCCUGUAUGGGCUCCUUGAAGAGGACCAGAAAGGGGAGACCUCUGCCUAGGCCCACACCCGGGGCCUGGCUGGGAGUGGCAUGCGUGGCGUGACUGGCCUGCUGGAUGUGGAGGGGGCGCAUGCAGGGAGCAGGAUGGAGUGGGACAGUUCCUGAGACCUGCCUUUAGGGCUUUAGGGGCUUUAGGGAUCUGCUAUUUCCUAGCACAGCCAUGUGAUUAACCUCUGGGUCUCAGUGUCCUCAUCUGUAAAAUAGAGACAACACCACCCUUGCUAUGGAGGUUGAGCACUUUAACACAGUGCCUGGCACUGGGGACAAAAACAAACAAAAAACAUUUCAAAAGGUAUUUACUGAGCACCUUCAGGCGUGACCUGCCAGCCCAAGGACGGGUGGGGUAAGGACUUGGGGACUUGGGCAAGACACACAGGCUCCAAACUGGAGCUUGAAAUAGUGUCUGAUGAAUGUAUGUUUGUUUGUUUAUUUAUUUAUUUGAGACAGGGAAAGGGUCUCCCUCUGGGUCCCAGGCUGGAGUGCAGUGGCGCAAUCUUGACUCAUUGCAACCUCCGCCUUCUGGGUUCAACUGAUUCUCGUGCUUCAGCCCCGGGAGUGGCGCGCACCACCACGCCCAGCUAAUUUUUGUAUUUUUAGUAGAGACGGGGUUUGCCAUGCUGGCCAGACUGGUCUCGAACUGCCGGAUUCAAGUGAUCCCGCCCCCACCUCCGCCUCCCAAAGUGCUGGGAAUUAGAGGCGUGAGCCACUGCACCCGGCCUGAUUAAAGUUACAUAAAUACUAGUUCCCUUCUCGUCCAAAGGAGCAGGGAAUGGGAAACGGGAAGGCACGGAGUCUCUAAAACAUUUAGAAGACCCCUACGCCAGGGUCUGGUCCGCUCCUAUUCGCCGCAGCCUUUCUGUUCCGCCUGCAACCCAUUUUCCAGACAGUAAAACGGAGGCGCGCUUCUUUCUCCGUCAGGCACCAGGUCAUAAGGAACCCAAGAGCCCGUGCCUCUGAGGGCCAA